AAAACAAAAGCAAAUAAACACAGCCUUCAAUAACCCCUCUGAGUUCUUCGCUAAGGAGAAGAACCAAAGGGGUUGUAUAAUAGGGAAUCCCCCCUUAAAAUUCCGCCCAAAAAAAAAAAAAAAAGGAAGAAGAAAACAAGAAAAACUAAAAAAUGGGAAAAAAGGUAUUUAUUGGUGGUAUAGCUUCAGUUCUUGUGGUGGCUUGUGUGGUGGCAGCAUGUGUCACCCUGACCAGACACGACGAAAACUCAUCUUCAAAAGAAGUUGGAACUUCCACAAAGUCAGUUGAAUCCAUGUGCCAACCCACCCCAUACAAACAAACUUGUGAGAAAACCCUCUCAGCAGCCAAGAAUGUCACUGACCCAAAGGAUUACAUCAAGGUGGCAUUCGAAGCAACUGUGUCAGACAUAAAGAAUGUCAUCAUGAACACUGAAACAAUCAAGAAAGCUGCCAGUGAUCCUUACACGAAAGACGCUCUUCUCGCUUGUGAAGAGAUGUUUAAUAUUGCCGUUGAUGAUCUAAGGAACUCUGUUAUGAAAAUGGAUAACAUUGAUUUCACCAAGAUCAAGGAUAUUGUGGAUGACAUAAAGACGUGGCUUAGCGCAGUGGUUACUUAUGAAGAAACUUGCUUGGAUGCUUUUAGCAAAACAGAACAAGGUGAAACCCGUGCGAAAAUGGUGAAGCUACUGAACACAACUCGGGAGCUGAGUAUCAAUGGGCUUCACAUGGUCGACAGCUUCGGUGAAUUGAUCAGUCAAACUACAGGCCUUAGCCGCAAAUUGUUAACAACCAGUAGUCAUGAUGAAUUUGUCGAAGCCAGGAACCGUAAGCUCCUUCAAAUUUCUAGUGCCAAGCCAAAUGCUGUGGUUGCUCUAGAUGGGAGCGGACAAUACAACACCAUUCAGGCUGCAGUUAAUGCCGUGCCAAAGAAGAAUGUAGAACCUUACGUUAUCUUCAUCAAGGCCGGUACAUAUAAGGAGCACGUUUCAGUCGAGAACAGCAUGACAAAUAUUGCGCUUAUUGGUGAAGGCCCAACCAAGACCAUAAUAACAGGUAACCUGGGGGUAAAGAAUGGUGGAAACAUGACGACUUACCAUACUUGCUCACUUUGCGUGGCUGGAGGGGGUGCGGUGAUUAUGAAUAUGGGAAUCGAGAACACUGCAGGACCAGAGAAAGAACAAGCUGUUGCACUGAGGGUGAAUGCUGAUCGCUCAGUGAUCUACAACUGCAAAAUAGAUGGGCACCAAGAUACCUUAUACGCUCAUGGCUAUAGACAGUUCUACCGUGACUGUACCAUAUCAGGAACCAUCGACUUCAUCUUUGGCGAUGCAUCUGCUGUGUUCCAAAACUGCAAGUUGAUUGUGAGGAAACCAGGUCAUAACCAAGCUGUCAUGAUCACUGCUCAAGGAAGGGUUGACCUAAAGUCAUCAGGUGCAUUCGUUAUCCAGAAUUGUGAGAUCAAGGCUGAGCCAGCAUUUACUAGCACACAACCACCAAUCAAGGCAUAUCUUGGACGUCCAUGGAAGGAGUAUUCAAGGACCAUUAUCAUGCAAUCAUUUAUCGAUGGGUUCAUUGAUCCAACAGGAUGGGCACCAUGGAACCAAAGUGAUUUUGGACUACACACAUGUUAUUACACUGAGUAUCAGAAUAGAGGUCCAGGUGCAGCACUUGACAAAAGGGUAUCUAACUGGGGAGGUUACAAGAAGGGCCUUUCAGGAGACGAGAUUAAUAAAUUCACUCCCAGUAAAUUUCUUAACUCCGAAGAAACCUGGCUUCCAAAGGCUGAUGUUCCCUAUGAGCCUGGCAUGAUGAAGGUGUAAUGUAAUUAAUCACAUAUACCCUUCAUUAUGUAUUUCUUUUUCCUCUUCUUUUUAUUUUGUCCAUUAAUUGGACUAUUUUGUUUUACCUCUCUAUUUUUGCUCCUUCAUUUCAAUAAAAUUAUCUCAUUCAUCCAA